AUGCCCUGUGACCUGCACCUGCCCUUGGGAUGUCUGAGGAAUCACGACGCAACCUUCAAGCAAAACCAACGGCUUCAGGAUCAAACUCGUUGCAACAUCGGCCGAGCUCCCGCCGAUCGAACGGCCAUGCACGAGCCGGAGCCACUCUGCCAACCGCAUGGAUUCACGAGCCGUCUCAAUCACACUCGCUGGCGAUCGGUGGAUACCAGUUGGCCUGUCAGAUGCCAGUGCCAAAUCACACAUACUGCCGACGUCGCAUUGCGGAGCUGGAACGCUUCGGUUCGCGAAACAGCUUCGGUCCGUCCAUCCUUUCAGCUUCGCUUCGUGCGGGAUCCAGUCACCGAGUUUGCGGUAUGA